AAUUGUACGUGUAUGGGUUAGGUAACUGGUUUUUAAUCGUUAAAUCAUCAAUUAAAAAAAUAUGAUUGAGCCAAAUCAAGAGAAUAACCAAGGUGGGUUACGUGUGGAUGGUAGGCGGGCGUUAGAAUUACGGCAAAUUCGCAUACGAAUGGGAGUAUUUGGACAAGCCGAUGGCAGCGCAUAUAUAGAACAUGGCAAUACAAAAGUUUUAGCAGCAGUGUAUGGUCCUCAUCAGCCAAGGAACAAUAUAGCAAAAAACACUACAAAAGCUAUUGUAAAUUGCCAAUACAGCAUGGCUGUAUUCAGUUUUACCUCUGGCGAAAGGAAGCGAAGACCAAGAGGAGAUUGGAAAUCACAAGAAAGAUCAAUUCAAUUGCGCCAUGCAAUGGAAGCUAUAAUACAUUUAGAAUUGUAUCCACGUUCUCAGAUUGAUAUCUUUGUAGAGAUUUUACAAGUCGACGGUAGUGAUUAUUGCGCAUCUGUAAACGCAGCAACGCUCGCAUUGAUCGACGCUGGAAUCCCGAUUAAGAAUUACGCUGUAGGCUGUACUGUGGCUCUUAUAAAUACACCAUCAACAGAUGAACAAGACAAAACAUUAGCAGGAGGAGUAUUGGAUGCAAACUUUGUAGAGGAAUACUCACCAGGAGUUACUUUAUCUGUCGUCGCAUUACCUGGAACAAGUGAAGUUGAGUCAAAUGAGAACGGUUUAAUUGUGGUAGCACAUGGGACAGGGCAAAGAUUACACUUAUCACAUUUAGAAGCACUCAAACAACGAGCAUUACAAGGUUGUAAGGAUAUAAGAACUAUAAUGGACCAAUCCGUAAGACAACAUUUAACUGCAAAUAUACUUCCUUCUUUUCUGCAGAAUUCAUUUUAGUAAGAGAAAUAUGACAAAUGUGAAAAAUAUAUUUCACAAUUUUAUAGAUAAUCAUAUACAAUGUAACAUGUUUAACUAUACAAGAUAUUAAUAGAAAAUAAUUUUUC